GGGGGAGUCGCCCCGCGGGGUGGUGCGGGCGUCGGCCCGUCACGUGAGCGGGCGAGGUGGGUCCGCGCGGGGCGGGGAGCGCUCAGCGCCGCACUUGGGCCGGCGGCGGCGGCCGCGUCGCGGGGCCAGCUACAGUCAAAUGUUGUUUGAAAGUUGAAGGAAUGAAAGCACUGUCGUCCUCUCAUCUCACACUGAAGUGGGUAUCUGUAUUUUCUACAACUGAAAUGACUUAUUAAACCUGGAGGCUUCUGAGCAAGAGAAAACAAAAAUACCCGGUAUGGCCUCAUCAUCAACACCUAAAUAUAAUUCAAACUCCUUGGAGAAUUCCUCAAGUAAAAGGACUCUAAAAGAUGGAACUAACUGGGAACAAAAUGAAGAAAUACCUCGUCUGCCAGGAGAAACUAGAGUUACAGACAAGGAUGUUAUUUAUAUGUGUCCGUUUAAUGGCCCUGUUAAAGGAAGAGUGUACAUCACAAACUACAGGCUGUACCUAAGAAGUGUGGAAAAUGAUCCAGUUGUGGUAUUGAAUGUUCCAUUGGGUGUAAUUUCAAGGAUUGAAAAAAUGGGAGGAGCUUCAAGCAGAGGAGAGAAUUCAUAUGGAUUAGAUAUAACCUGUAAAGAUAUGAGAAAUUUACGGUUUGCAUUAAAACAAGAAGGGCACAGCAGAAGAGAUAUAUUUGAAGUCCUCACAAAAUAUGCUUUUCCUCAGUCACAUAACUUGCUUUUUUUUGCAUUUGCAAAUGAAGAAAAGUUUUCUGAAAAUGGAUGGAUGGUGUACAAUCCAAUGUCUGAAUACAGGAGACAAGGACUGCCUAAUGAACGGUGGCGAGUAACUUUUAUUAAUGAACAUUACGGACUGUGUGACACAUAUCCAUCGCUCCUAGUAGUGCCAUAUAAUGCCACAGAUGAUGAUCUCAAGAAGGUUGCUGCCUUUAGGUCCAGAAAUAGAAUCCCGGUUCUGUCAUGGAUUCAUCCAGAGACUCAAGCUGUUAUUAUGCGCUGCAGUCAACCCCUUGUUGGAAUGAGUGGCAAGCGGAAUAAAGAUGAUGAAAGAUAUCUUGAUAUCAUCAGGGAGGCUAACGGGCAAAUCUCAAAACUGACCAUCUAUGAUGCUAGGCCCAAUGUCAAUGCAGUCGCAAACAAGGCAACUGGGGGAGGAUAUGAAAGUGAAGAUGCGUAUCCCAAUGCAGAACUUUUCUUCUUGGACAUUCAUAAUAUUCAUGUCAUGCGGGAAUCUUUGAAGAAGUUGAAGGACAUUGUUUAUCCUAACGUGGAAGAAUCACACUGGUUGUCCAGUCUGGAAUCAACCCAUUGGUUAGAACAUAUAAAGCUUGUCUUGACAGGAGCUAUUCAAGUGGCGGACAAGGUAUCCUCAGGAAGGAGCUCUGUGUUAGUUCACUGCAGUGAUGGCUGGGACCGGACAGCACAGCUAACGUCGCUGGCCAUGUUGAUGCUAGACAGCUACUACAGAACAAUUGAAGGCUUUGAAGUUCUGGUGCAAAAAGAAUGGAUAAGCUUUGGACACAAAUUUGCAUCGAGAAUAGGCCACGGAGAUAAAAAUCAUGCUGAUGCAGACAGAUCGCCCAUCUUUCUCCAGUUUAUUGAUUGUGUGUGGCAGAUGUCUAAACAGUUUCCCACAGCCUUUGAAUUCAAUGAGCAGUUCUUGAUUACAAUCCUGGAUCACUUAUACAGCUGCCGGUUUGGUACUUUCUUGUAUAACAGUGAGUCUCUUAGAGAAAAAGAGAAAGUGAGUGAGAAAACAUUAUCAUUAUGGUCUUUGAUAAACAGUGAAAAAUCUAAAUACACCAAUCCUUUUUACACUAAAGAGCUGAAUCGAGCACUCUAUCCAGUAGCCAGUAUGCGUCACUUAGAGCUCUGGGUCAAUUACUACAUCAGGUGGAACCCAAGAAUUCGGCAACAACAGCCAAAUCCAGUGGAGCAGCGUUACAUGGAGCUCCUUGCGUUACGUGAUGAUUAUAUAAGGAGACUUGAAGAACUACAGAUCACAAAUAAUUCGAAGAUAUCCAAUUCAUCAGCCUCAUCGGCAUCUCCCUCACAAAUGGUGUCCCAAGUACAAACACAUUUUUGAAGAAAACGUUGGCUUCAUUCUAUACUGUAAUAGCAAGUGGUGCUUAACAUAGAUCUAUAGCAUAAAGAGGAAUAAUUUAAUGCCUUACAUUAGACUGUCCCAACACAAAUUAUUUUAGACUGUCUUCAUUUGAGGAGGACCUCAAAACAAAGAAAACCAACUCUUCAAUUACGUGCCUUUCAGAACCUGUGGACUGGGAACUUUAUUAAUCUACUUCUAGUUAUGGACGGCUUUAAGAGUUAUUUUGAAAAGUCUGGUACAAUUGAAAUUAAGUUGAUUUAUUGUUUUUGUAAGAAUGCUUUAAUUUAUUACAUUGUAGGUCGUGUUCCUGUAAGGAAAUUCAUUCUCAGUCUCACAUGUCGUCAAUAAAUACAUUAAUGGCAAUAGGAAUAUUCACAUUAUGUAAAAUUAGGUAUGUGUGUAUUCCUGUUAGGAAUACGUUUGUGGAGUUCAUGAGAUAAAAAUAAAUUCUAUUGUAAGAUUUCAGAGAGAAGUGUUGAAAUUUUCUGGUUACCUGAGAAUUCCAAGUUUUCCUUUAUCAAAAUAAACAAAAAUAUGGAAGGGAUUUCACUGAUACGCUUCUAAUUAAAAAGUCCAGAUAGCUCUGUAGAUAUCAAAAUAAAAGAAAAAUCUAUUUUUUAUUGUAAAUUGAUUUAUUUUUUUAAAAACAAGUGACAAUUGUAUUGGAUUCUGAGAAGUCCUGUUUUGGCUAACUGCUCAGCACUGAAGUAUAUUACAAAUUAUCACUGUCGGCAAUAUUUGUUCUUUGCAUUAAUACAGAAUAAAAUGGUUCUAAAGAACGUUUAUAUAAUUAAAACCAGACCCACAGAGACAUUACUUAAAUAUCCAGCAAUAGCCAUAGUAUUAAAGCUUGUGUUUGUCUUGUAAAAGUAAAUGUGCCUGUUUAAAGGAGCUUUUAUACCAAAGUAGGCAAAAAUUUUCAGUUAUAAAUACUGUUGAAAAUGUGUACAUUUAUAGCUUACUGUUUAACUUUUGUUCAACAAAUUUAUUCUUAAGUAUUUAAGGGACUUCAGGUUACAAGAUUUGCAUAUAGUGUGCACUUAUAUUGAACCUUCCAGUGAAUUCUAGUUUCAAGCCUUCAUUUCAGAGGCUUCUUGUAAACCUUUAAUUUGUUCCUUUUGUGUAUCUUUUAAAUAGUUGAAAGCAUUUCUUAUGACAGCACAAACCUUGCUACUUGAUAUUUAAUUAAAAUUUGCAUAUUCUCGGAAGUUUAAUGAUAGGCAAUCCAGGAAAUAUUGCAAUUCAGAAUCUGUAGAGGACUAUCUAAUAUUGUUAUUUUAAAGGAGAUAUUUUGAUGCUUUGAGGCUUCUGUCAUUGUAAAUUAUUGUACAUGUGGUGAGUUUUGAUCUGCAAGAUUUAAUAGGAUUAUAUAUAAAUUAAGGUUUUGUGUAAGUAUAUAUAAUAUAGUUUAUUAGAAAUUCUGCAAGUUUAUAAAGUGUAAAUAUUUUGCAUAUGAAAAUGAAAUUUAAAGCUAUAGUUGCAUAAAAUAAGUCAAAGUUUAGAGGACAUCUGAAUAUUUUUAGAACUGUAUUUUUUCAAAGGAAUAAAGGUAUACCACCUUUUGAUUUGAUUCAGUAUAUACACUGAAUUGCACUAUUUUUUCAGGGAAGCUCGGAGCAUACUGCAUGUGUGUUCUAAAUACACGUUAUUUAUGUGACUUAUUUUUGUCCUCUAAAUUUCAUUCUUCUGUCAAUGUUCUUCAGUAUGUUUCCAAAAUAACAACAUUGUUCCAAAAUCUUGACUUGUUAAGGUAAAUAAGAUGCAUCACAUCAGAUAUACGAAGAAGGAUACUCAAUUGUUCAUCAUAUACUUCACAUUUUGAAAUCUAUGCAUACUCUGGUAUAUUUGCCUUCUACUUGCUUGUGGUUUAUAAAAACCCCUGUUUUUAUUAAAGUAUUUCAAGUUUCUGUAUUUUAAGUUGAACACAUUGGUGACAUCUGAGUACUAUGGAGAAGUUCAGAAAAUCUAAUAGUUUUUUGCUGUGUAAACACUACAUGCUAACCUAUUGCAUUGGGGAAAAUGUAACAUAACGGAAAGGAUAUUGUUGCACUUCAUAACGUAUAUGCCAUUCUUCAUAUUACUGGUUCAGUUGCAUUUCAGUCUUUGAAGCUUUCUAACAUAGCUCUGUGCAGGCUUGGAUGUUUUUAGAGUCAACAGAUACUUGUUUUGAUUUUACUUUUACACACAAUAUCAGGCAAACAUUAGGGAUGUUUUUAAUCCAAUACUUUCUGGAAAAUACUACUUUAAAACUUGUGAAUGUAGGCAUACAAACCUAUGGAAAGAUAGCAGAAAGCUUUUCUCCUUUCCUAUGAACUGCGUGCUCUGGGCUGUCGUUCUGCUGCAUGCGCGUACACCCUUAUGGUCUGUAUGGCACCCCCCGUGCCCCACUGCAGGCGCAGCAGCUGCCCCCUCUGCCCAGCUGCAUCCGUGCCCCCUUGUAGCUGUCACAGCAACAGCAAACUGGGGGAAGCUCUUGAGGGGGGUGAAGGAGAGUUCCAGGCCUUGAGUGCAUUUUCCAGGGGGGUAAAAAAGCAGGGCCGGGAUGGGAACAUCAACAGCUUUAAAUGCCCAGUGUCCAAUAUGACAUACCCAUCUAUUUUAGUUUUUUCCUUUCUGUGGACCUAAGAAGAUAACCUAGUUUUUGUGCUGGGCUUCAGUUACUUAUUUGGAAAGUUUAUUUGUUGAAUGCCUUCUUUAUUUGCUUAUGCCUUAUCCACCCCAGCAUCACUGUUAUGGGUAUACCCUAGAAAUGAUUUGCGUACUACCUCCUUUUGACGUAUUUCUAAACUCUGCCUUGAGUUCAUUUUUUUGUGUUGUGCUUGAGAAAACAGGUUUUUAUAACUGACCAGGAAUCUCCUCGUGUACCGCAGGACUGCUCUGGGGCUGGGUCUGACUUGUCAAGCGACUGUGGGGCGGUGGGGAGAGCUUAACAGCCGGCUGCCAUGUACGUGUGUGAAGGGAAAAACAAUAAAGCUGUCAAUCUUAA